UAUUUCCUGGUUUGCUUCUCCGCUUUAUAAACCAAGUCCGUUUUUGUCUUGUGGCUUUCUUCAAAAUCCUUCGUCCACACCUCUCUAGAUCUUCUCUUUCUACACAGCUCAUCAUCAUGGGAAGCUUUGCAGCAAAUGAAGGCCUGUCCAUUUUCGUUAUUCUGGUGUGGCUCGGGAUAAAUGCGUUUCUCUUCGUGCAUUUUUAUAUGGCAUUUUUGGUUGAUAGAUACUACUAUACUAGAGUCAUCCUUGGGCACGCUCUCUCAUGGGCCAGAGCUCCAGCUGCAUGUCUGAAUUUUAACUGCAUGCUGAUCUUGCUGCCCGUCUGCAGAAACCUGCUCUCCUUCCUCCGCGGAUCCAUACAGUACUGUAGCCGCACUGCAGCCCGUCAGCUAGACAGAAACAUCACUUUCCACAAACUAGUGGCCUACAUGAUUGCCCUCCACACAGCCAUCCACAUCGUAGCUCACCUGUUCAACUUUGAGAGGUUCAUGGAUUCCCAGCUUAUGAUCAACAGCAGUCACCUGCCUUACGUGCUUUCUCAGAUUGGCAACAAUGACAACAGAUCCUACCUGAACCCCAUCAGAAGCAAUGAGACGAACCCGACCAUAGUGAUGUUUACUACUAUAGCAGGACUGACGGGGGUGGUCAUCACCCUCGCCCUCAUCCUCAUCAUCACGUCCUCCAUGGAGGUCAUCAGAAGGUCAUAUUUCGAGGUGUUCUGGUUCACCCAUCACCUGUUCAUCGUCUUUUUCAUUGGUCUGGUGACUCAUGGAAUCGGGCGUAUCGUGCGAGGUCAGACUGUGGAAAGCGUAAAGGUCCACGACCCAAACAAAUGUCACAGCACGUUUGAGACCUGGGGUCAAAAUGGCACCGAUUGCCCAGAACCCGUCUUCGCUGGGAAUCCCCCGAUGACAUGGAAGUGGGUGGUUGGUCCCAUGUUUCUAUAUGUGUGUGAGAGAAUGGUGCGUUUCUAUCGCUCACAGCAGAAAGUGGUUGUCACCAAGGUAGUGAUGCACCCAUCCAAGACCCUUGAGCUGCAGCUGAAGAAGAAAGGCUUUAAGAUGGAGGUCGGUCAGUAUGUUUUCAUCCAGUGCCCGUCCAUCUCUCAGCUAGAAUGGCAUCCCUUUACCUUGACCUCUGCCCCGGAGGAAGACCACUUUAGCGUGCAUAUCCGAAUUGUAGGGGAUUGGACACAAGCCGUUUAUACAGCCUGCGGAGGUGACAAAACAGUGGUGCUGGAUGCUUGGACACUACCAAAAGUGGCUGUGGACGGGCCGUUUGGGACGGCCAGCGAGGAUGUCUUUCGAUAUGAAGUUGUGAUGCUUGUGGGAGCCGGUAUUGGUGUGACACCUUUUGCUUCCGUUCUGAAGUCUGUGUGGUACAAACACGUCCAGGAGAACAAAAACGUCUUCACCAAAAAGAUCUAUUUCUAUUGGCUGUGUCCGGAGACGCAGGCUUUCGAAUGGUUUGCAGACUUGCUGCAGAGUUUGGAAAGGCAGAUGACAGAAAAAGACAUGAGGGAUUUCCUCAGUUACAACAUCUAUCUAACGCGCUGGAAAGAUGCUGAGGCGGCCCAUCUUAGAGUUCAAUAUCAGGCGGAGGACGACCCCAUCACCGGGCUUAAACAGAAGACUCGUUAUGGUAAACCCAACUGGGACAAUGAGUUCAGUGCCAUCGCUACCCAACACCCAGGUUCAAAAGUAGGCGUUUUUCUAUGUGGUCCUACGGCUUUAGCCACAGCUCUGGGGAAGCAGUGUAAUUCACACACUGAAUCUGGAACUGAGUUUAUAUUCAACAAAGAAAACUUCUGAUGAAGUGUGUAAAUCAAAAUGCUGAAAAAAUGAUGACUUGAGUAUUUUGACCUGUUUUUUUUAAUUAAAAAUAUAGAAAAUCCUUAAACUACAGGAUAGAACAUUCAGACUUGCUUUCAAAGAUUGUAUUUUGAGUGCAAGUAGAAAUUUUGUCUCAAAAUUUACGCAAAUAGUAUUGUCUUAUAUAUAUAUAUAUAUAUAUAUAUUUUAUAUAUAUAUAUAUAUAUAUAUAUUUUUUUUUUUGCAGUGCAAGUUUAUGUCAUUAUAUUGUAUUAUAGGUCUAGAUAUAUCAUGGCUGUGCAUAAUAAGAUUUUUAUGUACUAUAAAGUGUUAUUUUGCCGUGCUGUAUUUUACUGUGAAACUAUUCUGCUUUCCAAACCUGCUUCCUCUUUCUUAAGUGGAAGUUAAAUCUUACAAAAUCUUUUAAGUUUAGCAAUAUGGGUGACCAGUUAAUCAAAUCAUAAUGUUACAAUACAAGGCAUGCCACUAUAAAACAAAGAUGCUAAAUUUAAUUAGCUGUUACAGUGGGUAAAACUAUGUGGACUGUAGAGAUGGAUUUCAUUUAUCGUUUUUUGUUAGCAAAUUUAUUAUGUGCUGGCUGAUUUAAAUGAUUGAAUGAGUUGGUUUUAGUUCUCAAAAAUAAAGUUUAACAUAUAUUAUGCCAUAAAGUGACAUGCAUGCAUUGUCCGUAAAGUCCCCAUCAUAGUUUGUAUUCAGUUGAGGGCUUAAAUAAUUUCAGAUAUGAAAAAUGCCUUAAAAGACUGAAGACAAAAAAACAUCCCGAUAUAUAUUUGGAAUGAUAAACCCAAACCAGACAAUUUUAAUACUUAAGCAACAACAUAUUUGCAUUUCAUCCUAUACAGAGCAAAGGUACAUAUUACCUUUGCAAAUCCAAAAAAAAAAAAAAAAAGUAAACAAAAAUGGCAAAUAAACAUACAAUGUGACGGGCAUUUGCAA